AGUAGAGAGACACACAUCCGGAGCGACACAACACUCACACAACAACCCUGACAGGAGGCUGGCUGACAGACUCACAAUUGAUACGUUACUUGCCUGAAAUAACAGUUUGCCCAGUGGAUCCUAUGGCUGACACUGAGGAUAUAUUUCUCAGGGCGAAACAUCGGACAUUCAGCGGACUGACCGAAGAUGUAGAGCACGAGUGGACGGGACCAUUUUGCUUCAUCCAGGCUGCAGACCCCCAGCUCGGGCUGAUGAAGGCUUGGAAGGACGGCGACUGCGACGGUGGAGGUGAAGAAUGGGCAGAGGAAGUUGAGCUCACCAAGCAGGCGGUGGAGGCCGUCAACCAGCUCAGCCCCAGGCCCAGGUUCAUUGUGCUGUGUGGAGACCUGGUCCACGCCAUGCCAGGGACCCCGUUUAGAGAAGGUCAAGAACGAGACCUGAAGGGAGCGCUGAAGGGGACGGAUCCAUCUAUCCCGCUGGUGUUUGUCAGUGGUAACCAUGACCUGGGAAACACCCCCACCCCUGCAACAGUGGAACAGUACUGCAGUGCUUGGGGGGACGACUAUUUCAGCUUCUGGGUGGGUGGAGUCCUCUGCCUGGUACUGAACUCCCAAUUGUUCUAUGACGCCUCGGCAUGCCCUCAGCUGAAGGAGGCCCAGGAGACCUGGCUGGAGGAGCAACUGAGCAAAGCCUCCUCCUCCUCUUCGACGGAACCCAAACCCAAGCACGUGUUGGUGUUCCAGCACAUCCCUCUGUACCUAAAGAGCCCUGAUGAGGAGGAUGACUACUUCAACCUGCAGAGGGUAGUCAGACAAAACCUGCUGGACAGGUUCAAGAGGGCAGGGGUGAAAGCGGUCUUCUCCGGCCAUUAUCACCGGAACGCCGGCGGUUGCCACGGCGGCCUGGACAUGGUAGUGAGCUCAGCCAUCGGCUGCCAGCUGGGCGAGGACACCCACGGCGUCAGGGUGGUGGUGGUGACUGCGGAUGACGUCAUCCAUCGCUACUACAGCCUGGAGCUGCUGAGGGCGAGAGGCGUGGACGAAGAGCUCAGGAAGCUCCUGCAGGCCUGAGGGCAGAUGGAGUAGUCGGGCUUUUAUUUUUGUGAAUUGUUUAGAUUUUUAUGGUUUUGAACCCCUCGUCAUAGAGGCAUAUGCCAGGAUUUUUGGAAAUGGAUUUGUUCAUCAACAAUGUAUGUCCACCAGCGGAAGGAAAAGAAAAACUAUUUUAAAGAUCUAAAUUUGACACACGUAAGUGUCUCUCUCCACUGAAUGUUUUUCCUGGGAGCAAGGCAGUAUGGAUGUUAUUAUCUCUGUUCCAGCCAUAAAAGGGCCACACAGAGAUCAUUGAAUGUGUUAUAAAAACUAGCGGUUCUUUUGUGGAGAAGCAUUACCUUUACACACAGUUUUCCUAUAUCUGAAGUAGCAUUACAUCCUCUCUGACACCCACUCUGUCUAUGUUGUGUUAAAGUUUCAGAUAAAAACACUAUGCUGUAGUCAGAUGUUGUCAGCCUAAGUUCUAAAUGUAUCAAAACUUGUCUGAUCUUUUUUCUUUUUUUUUCACCCCGACAACUAUAAAAUCUCGUUUGGAUUUCAGGGUAUGUUGUGUUUGGUGUGUAGUGUAGCUUCCCCCCCCACACACACACUUUCAGCAGAUGACUGUAGUAACAAGACAUAUGCAAGAUGAAAUCUAUCACAGAAGAGGAAGAGAAAGAAGUCCUUUACCAGAAAACAGUGCAGCUACAGGGCAUGUUUGGAAUCAGUAAUGCCUCACUUUCUUGCACUUUGUGUCAGUAUUUCUUGUUUAUUGUUGCCGUAGCUGUUUCUAAUAUGCUAUAACAAUUUUUGCUGUUGCUGCAAAUGAAUGCCUUGUUGGCCAUCCUAUGCAAGCUAAUCA